CUGCCUGCCGCCCUUGCCGGCAUGCUCUGCGGCCGGGCCAUGGGCUCCGAGGCCGCCCGGCUGCUCCAGGCCGCCGACUUCGCAGCCCGGAAGCACAAGCGGCAGCGGCGGCGGGACCCCGAGGGGACCCCGUACAUCAACCACCCCAUCGGUGUGGCCAGGAUCCUGUCUCAGGAGGCUGGAGUAAUGGACAUUGCGGUGCUGCAGGCUGCUCUGCUCCACGACACAGUGGAGGACACAGACACCACCUCGGAGAUGGAGGAGCAGUUUGGGGAGGAGGUGAGGCGGAUCGUGGAGGAGGUGACAGACGACAAGAUGUUGCCCAAGAUGGAGCGGAAGCGCCUGCAGAUAGAGCGUGCGCCCCACGGCAGCCAGGGAGCCAAGCUGGUCAAGCUGGCAGACAAGCUGUACAACCUGCGGGACCUGAAUCGCUGCACGCCGGCAGGCUGGUCUGAGCAGCGGGUCCAGGAGUACUUCCUCUGGGCCUCCCAGGUGGUGAAGGGUCUGCGUGAGACAAGCCCUGCGCUGGAGGAGAAGUUGCAGCAGCUGUUCAGGGAGCGAGGGCUGCCGGAGUGACUGUGCAGGGUGCCUGCCCUGUGACACUUGCCAGCAAAUGCUGCUGAGUCAAGCACUGAUGUUAACUACUGACUCCCACAGCGUGCCUUCCAGAGCCCAGCGCCCUCAGCCCCGCCUGGAUCAGAGCAGCGAGCCAGUGAUAUCUGCAUGGACUCUGCUCACAAGCCCACCUAUUCAGGCACUCCUGCCCCCUGGGCAAGGGAGGGUGCAGGGAUGGGGGCCAGAUAAAGGGCAG